GAGGGACUUGGUGUCGUCGAGCGCGUUGCCGUAUGGACCACCGAAUCACGGCAAGGGCUGGAAAUAAUAAUAAUAUUUGAUAAUGUAAAAGAAAUGUUGUCAACAAUGAAGAGGACGUGAACGCAUCACGGUUUUGUUUUUAAAGAGAACUUACCGUGGGAGUUUUCCGACACUUUUCAACCCUUCACAGGAUGACAACAACACAAUAGUGUUGGCUAUCUGCAAGUUUUUCCAGUUCCCCCUCGCUGGGUCUCGUCUCCCACCCACCUGUGACUGACAUGAGGAUACAAGGGCAACCCGAGGGCGCCAGGAGGCGUCUGGAUUUAAAUGCGACCGCCGAGCUCAGGGGUGUGGAGAUCAUCCGCGGUCGGGCUGGUUAUGGUUUCACGAUCAUGGGACAGAAACCAUGCUUGCUGAGCGGCAUCAUGGAGGGGAGUCCUGCCCAGCUCGUUGGUCUGAGACAAGGUGAUUGCAUCAUGGCCAUCAAUGGAGCGGACGUGUCCACCGCGACGCACGAAUCUGUGGUGCAGCUGGUCGGCAGCUGCACGGGGCCCUUGCGCCUGGUCGUGCUGGCCGAACGCCGCGUCAUGGGAAACCCCAUUCUUAAUGACGCAAAGUUUGGCUUCGUGCAGAAAAGUAACGUUUUCCAAAAGCCGAGUGUUCUCCGUACUAUAUCGGACGAUUCGAGCAAUUCUUCCAAUUCAAACCAUGUAGCUGAAAGUAAACAGAGACCUGUUUCAGAGCCUGACAUGUCCCGAUGGUCACAACAGUGGAGUACUUUAGCCGAGCAGACAAAGAAGGAAGCACCCACAGUCAGAGACACAGAUUCGGUUUUCACAGACACAGAGGAAGUUAAUCCAAACUGGGCCAUUUUAAAUAUGACUUUAGUGGUGGGCUAUUUGAGCUCUACUGAGUUGAUUUUGAACCCUAAUGAUUCAGUGGACGACUGCUUAAAAGCCAUUCGGGAAAGGAUUCGACAGCUGGGUACUGAGCAGAAUACCCACACUCUGGUAAUGAUGAAGAUCAUGUUUGAUUGUGUUCGACUGUGUGACGAUGCAGGAGCCGUUUUGGCCGCUUUCCCUGCUGAGAACCUUGUUUUAGGAGCCGUGUGUGCAGAGGACCCACGUUUCUUUUGCCUGGUCACUACGGCGCAUAUUGUCAAUGGCCGUGUACCAGAUCAUGGUCCUCUGCGGGCCUCCUGCCAUGUAUUCUUUAUCGACCCGGAGCUGGGAAACCACGAGGACCACAAAGGGAUCGCUGGCCGCUUUGGAUUUGACUGCACCCUUGAUCCUGAUGCUUUCGGCUGCCUGGAGUUCCCUCAGACUCCCCCAGACGUCCUUCACUUUGUAACAGUCCUGUACAGUGACCUGGGGGAGGCAGUGGAAAGACUCAGAGUCAAACUGGACUCAGAGGCUCAGCUGCAAGCAAAAGAAAGUGACAACACCAGCAAACAGGGCAGAGCCAGCAGCAACGGGGACAGCGGUAUUGGAAAUGCUUCUCCCCCUGAAGAGAGAACCGAAAGGGAUUUCCCUCCUGAAACCCGAAACCAUUCUGGGGCUCACCUUCCCAGCUGUCCGUGGGAUUAUUCUCCAGCUAAAGACAUCACCCCAAUAAACCUCUUCAGAGAUGGCCAAAUACUAAAUCCAGAAAAUUAUGCCAGCACGCAUUCCCUUUCAGAGUCUCUGCCUGGCCCAGACUCUUUAACCAGCUUUUAUGGAGGCCCCCCACCCAGGCUAGAGUUCCGGUUUAAGCCCCCACCUCCUCCUCUACCUUUGGCUAAAAAAACAAACUUCUUGGCAGACCCUCUAAGAAGUAGCCAAAGGUGGUUCUCAAAACCAAAGUGGGCUAAAAACCUAAGUAGUGAUUCCGUACCUCAAGAGAUACCCACAAAAAACUGGUCCGCAAACUCAAGCGCUACCACAAAUAACCUGCCCCCCUCAGACAGGUACCAGUCCAAAGAGGCCAUGAUGCCUCCCAGAGAAGAGUGGACCAAAAGAUUUCUCGAACAAAGACAGAAGCAGCGAACAGAUGGCAGCAGCAAAAGUGGAUCCAAGUUUUGGGGUGUAGGUGUUGUCCGUGCCUCCAAACGUCGUUCAGUCAAACGUCUCAGCAUGGCACGGUCUCUGGAUGAUCUCGAGUCUGCUGCUUCUUCAGAUGGUGCUCUGAAGUGGCCAUCUGCUGCCGUGAUAGCAGACUACAGCGGCAUCCAGCUGCAGGGAUGCUGCAGCCACAGCAGCCUGACCAGUAAUGGCAGUCUUCCAGGAGCAGGCAGCAGCAGAAGGGACCGGGAGCAACGAGUGGCCAGCUGGGCCACCUGCUUCGAGCGACUUCUCCAGGACUCCGUGGGCGUGCGUUACUUCACGGAAUUUCUCAAGAAAGAAUUCAGCGAGGAGAAUAUCUUGUUCUGGCAGGCCUGUGAAUACUUCAGUCAUGUCCCUGCAACAGAUAAAAAGCAGCUGUCCCAGAGAGCAGGUGAGAUCUACAACAGCUUCCUGUCCAGCAAGGCCACCAUGCCGGUCAACAUCGACAGCCAGGCUCAGCUGGCCGAUGACGUCCUGACGUCACCGCGUCCUGACAUGUUCAAGACCCAGCAGCUGCAGAUCUUUAACCUGAUGAAGUUCGACAGCUACUCGCGGUUCCUGAAGUCCUCCCUCUACCAGGAGUGUCUGCGCGCUGAGGUGGAUGGUCAGCCCCUGCCGGACCCCUACCAGAUCCCCUGCAGUCCUGCACCCUCUAAACACAGCGCCAGCUCCGACCGCUCCACGCUCUCCACUCCCAAAAAGGAACCAAGAAAACAGAAAUCAGGGAAGUCGCCAAUUGAAGAUGGCAGUGAGAGUGCUGACAAGAAACGGGGGAUUUUCUUCUCGUGGUCUCGCAACAGGAGCUUUGGGAAGGGUCCAAAGAAGAAAGAUAUUGGGGACAUUAAUCUGGACUAUUACAGUAGUAACGGACGCAGAGAGUCCCAGGGCUCCUUAUCGUCCAGCACCAGUCUGGAGAUCCCCAUUUCUGGUUCUACUGCCAAGAUGGAGUCUGAUAAUCGCCACUCGGUCGGAGCGUGGGAUCGCUCGCCCAGGCACUGUAGCGUGCUGCUGCCCGACGGUUCCUGUUCCACCAUCACCCUCCGGCCCGGUGCUUACAUCCGAGAAGUCCUCCAGGAUCUGUGUCGCAACAUCAGUGUCAACAUUGCUGCUGUGGACCUUUUCCUGGUGGGAGGAGAGAAGCCUUUAGUGUUGGACCAGGACUGUAUGACCCUCUGUUCACGAGACCUAAGACUGGAGAAGCGGACAUUGUUCAGACUGGACCUGGUACCCAUCAAUCGCUCUGUGGGGCUGAAAGCCAAACCUACCAAGCCAGUCACCGAGGUCCUCCGUCCCGUUGUGGCUAAAUAUGGCCUCAAUCUGGGCGAUCUUGUAGCCAAAAUAAGCGGCGAGACUGAACCUUUGGAUUUGGGCGCUCCCAUCUCGAACCUGGACGGCCUGCGAGUUGUGUUAGAGCGAGCAGAUCCGUGUUCAGUGAAAGAAAAAUCCAAGUCUUCCUCCSUGAAGAACCACCCUCCAACCAGGAGUUACUCUGCAGCAGGAGAUGAGAGGUCAACACCAAAGGACUUUUCUGUGAGAGCGAGUGGACCGGACUCGGCACUCCCAGGAGAAAAGAGAAAACAGAAAAAGAUAAAUAUAGAUGAAGCCGAAGAAUUCUUUGAGCUGCUGAGUCGAGCUCAGAGCUCCCGGGCCAACGACCAGCGAGGACUCCUGAGCAAAGAAGAUCUGGUGCUUCCCGACUUCCUGCGCCUGACUCCGCCCACUUCCUCCUGCUCUGCUUCCGCCGGCCUGGCCUGCUCCACCCCGGCCUCGGCGAAGCAGAAAGGCACGCCUCCCCGGGGCUCCCUCACGYCCGGUCUGCGCUCAGAGAGCCUGGACUCGUCCCUCAGCAGCAGCGCCAACGGACACUCRGCGGCCAGGCGGUGCCUGCUGCCCCCUCCCCGCCACUCCACCUUCGGCACCCACCUGUCCCCCAUCCAGCGGCCCUCGGAACCCCGGCCCAGCCUCCGCACGGUGGAGGAGGACGCCCCUGCCGACCUGACGCUCGUGGCCGAGGCGGACAUCAACAGCCCCAACAGCACCCUCCUCCCGCCCUCGCCGAGCCCCGYGGCGUCCUUCAACAGCAGCCUCCCCGAGGCCAACUUCACUCCUCCACCCCCCUGCCCCCAGCCUCAGCUCGCAGGUGGACAGGGCAAGUCCACUUCAGAGGGAAGAACAGAAACCAGCCCCAGCAUCAAAGCACCGGCCGACAGAUCCGACGCCACGCAGCCUCUGCUUCAGGACGUGAUGGAUGUGGAGGGAGUGCACCUGGARGAGGGAACGCUUGAACCUUCCCAGGGAGAGGACUCUGAGCUUAGCUUGAGUUUCCAAGGCUACGUCGCAGAGCUGCGACAGUGCCAGACCAAAAUGAGGAGCGCACAGAUGCCCCAGAAUGGCCGCAACCCRGCGGAGGCCAAGGACUGCCAGUCGGAUCUGUACAAGGCCACGAUUGUCUGAAGGGACCCGCCCAUCCACCCCACCCCACACUACUGCACUUUUAAAGCCUGAGGCACUGAUGUCUGAAUGAUGACAAUUAAAAUAAUAAGCUGCAUGUGAAAGAUGUCAAUAUUUUCUCCAAAUGAACUAAUUAGUUUAUGGUGAUAGAUGUAUUAAAUCUUUAAAAUCCAUCCAAAUGUUGUUAAGYUGUAGUAAACGGGUAAUUUUGGGUCAGUUUUGUUGUAUGGUUUAAUAAUUUUAAGUGAAAUGCAUUUUUAUUUCUAGCCAUGUUAGACAAAAAAAACAAAACAAUCAAACAAACAAAAAACACAAUACAGUUGUAAAACCUUUGAACGUAACCAUAGAGUUUAACCCUGACCAUGUUGAUGAGCUAAUGGCUUGUCCAUGAAGGGCCAAGUGUCGCCUUCUUAAAUACCAAAUUCAAAAAUUGUGUGUGAAAGUGACUUUAUUAACCUUUAAAUCACAAUCAGUAUUGUAUCACACAGUGGUGUGAUACAAUACUGGCUAAACUGUUGGGAUAUUAUUGCCAAAAGCRCUCCAGGCUGCAUUGAUACAGCUACAGCUAACUAAAAAAGAAAAAAAAAAUGCAAUCUUAAUUACGAAAAAAUAAAACAGCUUUACUUACUAAGUAUUUGCAUUCCAUUUAUUAUAUUAUUGCAUUUGGCCUGCAGCCUUCAGAYUGAUUUUCAUUUUGGCCCUCCCAGGGAAAAUGUUUGUGCACCYCUGUGUUAGGGGAAACUAACACUAACCGCUAAGACAGUUCAGUUUGUGUCACACAUCUUCAUCUUCAUGGGAUUGAUUUAAUACUAUGUAUUUUAUACAUAAUCAUUUUUUCUAUUUAUUAUUUAAAUAUUGUUUAAUGUUAUUUUACUUCUUUUUGACGCUCUUAAUUUGAAGUUUAGUUGCUAAAGACGCUACAUACAUGGUGCCUGACACGUCUAGCACUGCUUGUAAGAGGAGAUAGUUUUUUAAUUAAAUUUAUUUAUUAAUUUUUUUAUUAAAUGGCAUAAAAAUAGAAGUUCAAAACUUGUGAACGUUAGUGGACUCCAGGUUAGUGGAACUUAAUUUAGCGGAAGCUAAUCAUCUGCUAGCAGUUUCAAAAGUUUGCAAAAAAAGCUAAUCUGCUAAAUGAGAAGCUAGUUCUGCUAUUAGCAGCGGAUUAGUCAAAUUGUGCCCAACGCCGGAGACUGGAGUUUUUCCAAGAUGGCAGUCCUCUUAAGUGUCAGACUAGCUGUUAGCUCAUGAAACUGGUCUCAAAUUUAAAGUUAAAAGAACUAUCUACAACAGGGAUAGGAUAUAACAAGAUAUUAAUUGUUUACAGCUUCACCACACGGUCCCACUGCAAAACAUCCUUUUGAGUUAGAGAGUGCUGGCUCACUGAUUUCUCUUGCUAGUUUUCUGUUGUGUACGGAUGUUAGCUAUAUUAGGAAUUUUAAAAGAAUACUUAAGCAUAGUUUAAUUAUUCAUAUUUUAAUGUCAAACUGAUGCUGACUGUUAGAAAGUAGCACCAAUUGUAAACUCAAACAGGGGGCAAAAUACCAAUUUUCUUGGAUAGUUAUUUAUUUCUAUCUUGUUCGUAUUGCCUUCUGAUGUUUUACUGGUAAUUUUUCAGGGUACCUCUAUUGUCUGUAUUUUCUGUUUCUGUGGUUUUGAAACUGUCCGGAUUAUUAAAGAUUAAAAGCUUUCAUGGCUACAAAUCCCAA